GACUCAAAUAAAGGUGCAUCCAUCUCCUGCAAACCUUUGUAGGGUGCUCAAAAAUGACUGACUGUAGUGAACGGUGCGCAGCACAGCCAGAGGCCCUGGGUGUUGAAAGAGGUAGGAUUGGAGAAGUAGAGAAAGGGCAACGAUAGUCAUACCAGUCAGUGACUAUAGAUCCACCCUGAAAGCACCUUGGGGGACACCUAGGGAUGUCAUCAUCACUGUAAUAACGAUGGGAUUACGUUACUUGGGUGCUUACCUCUUAGUGCUAAUUGUGUUUGACCGCAAUUUUACUUGGGCUUAGAGGUGAUGAAAUUGGAGAGGGAACCUGACUGGAUGGUUUUUAGGGAGAUUAUUGCUGGCUUGAUGGGAUGUUAUUUUGAUGGUUUAAUAAGAUGCUGUUGGGUUUUUUUUGUUUUGUUUUUUUUGUCCCCUGCUCUUGAUGAAGUGGCACAUAGUUAGUCUCUUUCCUUGCAGGUCACUGCAAUUUUUGGCCAGCUACAGUUUAAAAGUAUUUAAUGUGUGUUUUCGUCUCCUUUUUUCAUCCCUUAAUUCUUUCUUGGAUUUGAGAAGGUUGUAGGAGCCUGUGUUUUUGUAUAAGACAAACAAACAUGAAAAUGCUGUCUAGGCUCUUUCGAAUGCAUGGACUUUUUGUUGCCUCUCAUCCAUGGGAAGUCAUUGUUGGGACUGUGACAUUAACCAUUUGUAUGAUGUCUAUGAAGAUGUUUACAGGCAAUGAUAAGAUCUGUGGCUGGAAUUAUGAGUGCCCAAAGUUUGAAGAAGAUGUUUUGAGCAGCGAUAUCAUAAUCCUGACAAUCACACGCUGUAUAGCAAUCCUUUACAUUUACUUCCAGUUUCAGAAUCUAAGGCAACUUGGAUCAAAAUAUAUUUUAGGUAUUGCUGGCCUCUUCACAAUCUUCUCAAGUUUUGUUUUUAGUACAGUGGUAAUUCACUUCCUGGAUAAAGAACUGACAGGCUUGAAUGAGGCAUUGCCAUUUUUCCUGCUUCUUAUUGAUCUUUCCAGAGCCAGUGCAUUAGCUAAAUUUGCACUCAGUUCCAACUCACAGGAUGAAGUAAGAGAAAAUAUUUCACGUGGAAUGGCAAUCUUGGGUCCUACAUUUACACUAGAUGCCCUCGUUGAGUGUCUUGUGAUUGGUGUUGGUACCAUGUCCGGAGUACGACAACUUGAGAUCAUGUGCUGCUUUGGCUGCAUGUCAGUUCUUGCCAACUACUUCGUUUUCAUGACCUUCUUUCCAGCUUGUGUGUCGUUGGUCUUAGAGCUUUCUCGGGAAAGUCGGGAGGGGCGUCCCAUAUGGCAGCUUAGUCACUUUGCCCGUGUUUUGGAAGAAGAAGAAAAUAAGCCAAACCCUGUAACACAGAGGGUUAAAAUGAUUAUGUCUUUAGGUUUGGUUCUUGUUCAUGCCCACAGCCGCUGGAUAGCAGAACCAUCUGCUCAGAACAGUACUACAGAAAACACUGUGGGACUGGAUGAAAAUACACCAAAGAGAAUUGAACCUAAUGUUUCUUUAUGGCAGUUCUAUCUUUCCAGAAUGGCAAGUAUGGAUAUUGAGCAAGUAAUCACUCUUGGUUUAGCCCUUCUCCUUGCUGUGAAAUACAUCUUCUUUGAACAAACAGAAACUGAGUCUACACUUUCUUUGAAAAACCCUAUAACAUCUCCAUUGAUGAUCCAGAAAAAGAUUCCUGAGAACUGCUGCAGAAGACAAUCUGGACUCUUACAAAAUAAUCAGAAAUCCAGCAUGGGUGAAGAAGCUAUAAUUUCCAGAGAGGGAAAUGCUGAAGUCAUAAAACCUGUAUUAGCAGAGUCAUCAGUCAAAGCUACAUUUGUUGUUGGUAGUUGUGCCCCCAUGGAAACUUCUUCAUUUAAUAGAAAAGAGCCUGAAGUUGAAUUACCCAAAGACCCACGUUCUAUUGAAGAAUGUCUCUGUAUACUUCAAAAUACAGAGAAGGGUGCAAAAUUUCUCACUGAUGCUGAGGUCAUCAACCUUGUCAAUGCUAAGCACAUUCCUGCCUAUAAAUUGGAAAUGAUGAUGGAGACUCAAGAACGUGGUGUAUCCAUCCGCAGACAGAUUUUAUCUCAGAAGCUCCCUGAACCUACAUCCUUAGAGUAUCUUCCUUACAGGAAUUACAAUUAUUCUUUGGUAAUGGGAGCUUGCUGUGAAAAUGUGAUUGGAUACAUGCCCAUCCCUGUAGGUGUAGCUGGGCCUCUUUUUCUGGAUAGCAAAGAGUUUCAAGUUCCAAUGGCAACAACAGAAGGCUGUCUAGUCGCAAGUACAAACAGAGGGUGCAGAGCAAUAUGUCUUAGUGGAGGAGCAAGCAGUUGUGUUCUAGGAGAUGGAAUGACUAGAGGACCUGUUGUAAGACUACCCACUGCCUGUCUUGCUGCACAGGUGAAGGCUUGGCUUGAAAACUCUGAAGGGUUUAAAGUAAUCAAAGAGUCCUUUGACAGCACAAGCAGGUUUGCUCGUCUACAGAAGCUUCACAUCAGUUUGGCUGGUCGUAACCUUUAUAUCCGUUUUCAGUCGAAAACAGGGGAUGCAAUGGGAAUGAACAUGCUCUCAAAAGGCACAGAAAAGGCACUGGUAAGACUACAUGAAGAGUUUCCUGAUCUCCAAGUUUUAGCUGUUAGUGGUAACUAUUGUACAGAUAAAAAGCCUGCUGCCAUAAACUGGAUAGAGGGAAGAGGGAAAUCCGUUGUCUGUGAAGCAGUUAUUCCUGCCAAGGUUGUCAGAGAAGUAUUGAAGACUACUACAGAAGCUAUGAUUGAAGUUAAUAUUAACAAGAACUUGGUGGGCUCUGCAAUGGCUGGUAGCAUAGGUGGCUACAAUGCUCAUGCAGCAAACAUUGUUACAGCCAUCUACAUUGCUUGUGGGCAGGAUGCAGCACAGAACGUGGGCAGCUCAAACUGCAUCACUUUGAUGGAGCUAACUGGUCCCACUAAUGAAGAUCUGUAUAUCAGCUGCACAAUGCCUUCUAUAGAAAUUGGAACUAUUGGUGGAGGGACCAACUUACUACCACAGCAAGCUUGUUUGCAGAUGCUAGGGGUUCAGGGGGCAAGCCAAGAUAACCCUGGUGAAAAUGCACGUCAACUUGCUAAAAUUGUGUGUGCCACAGUAAUGGCAGGGGAGUUAUCAUUAAUAGCAGCAUUGGCAGCAGGGCAUCUAGUCAAAAGCCACAUGAUCCACAAUAGGUCAAAAAUAAAUCUACAGGAUCUUCAAGGAACCUGCACCAAGAAAGCUGCUUGAAUAUUGGAAGAGCUGAAGUUAAGCCUUGUUAAACUGAUCACGUGUAAAGGAACAAUACACAGUAUCUAAAUUUUGGAAGGAAAAUCAUCUUCAAGAAAACGAUUUCUGUGGAGGAUAAUUAAAAGGCUCAUUAGACUUGUGAUCAAUGAAACUCAUUCUGCCUUUGAACAUCUUCAGUGGUUAAAAAUGGCUCCUUUUGUGGAGCUAUUUCAGAUGUUUUGAACAUGUCUUUUAGAGGUCUAGGGAUUCAUCGUAUCUUAUUCAUUGCUUUCCAAAGGGUCAGUCCUGUGUCUUUAUGGGUUGAAAAUAUGUUAACUUGUAAACUAAUAACCAAGAUGAAAAGUUAUGUCAGGUACUUUGUUUUAAAAAAAUGAUUUGGUUAAAAUUGGGUUGUAUGUAUUUGUCCAUGUGAUCUUUGUUUUCUGGUUAACAAAGUGGGUUUUAAAUAUAAAGUGAUAGCCUACUUGCUAUUGAUGAAUUCCUAAUUUUAAUUUUGUUUGUUCUGAUUUUGAGCUUAGGUAUUAGGCUAUGGGAUAAUUUUACUAAGUCACAUUAGUUGGUAAAUACGUUACUGUACUUGUAUUUCCCUUGCUGCUCUUUGACUUAAGCAGCAUUAAAAUUAUAAUUGGGUUGCAUUAUUUUUCCGUUAAGGAAAGUACUUAUUUUACAAAGUACAGAAUCAUCUGACAUUAUUCUGUACUGGAAUAAAAAAAAAGCAUUGUCCUCAACUGUCCAGACAUUUUGUUCAGGUAUAAAUAGUAUAUCCUGAGUUUUUUCCAAAACUUAACUGAUACACCUAUAAAAAUGAUACAUCGGGCCAUUUUAAAGCUUUGACUGUAUUAAUACAGUUUGUUACACAGUUUUAUAAAAUAUAAAUGGAUUUGAGUGAGUGGAGUCAAGAACAGAUGUUUACAGUUUUAAAAUCUUAUCUUUUAAAGUAUGGUGUUUUUGCACAUGAAUGGCUUCUGGUGUUUGACACUUAUUCCCCAGGAAUAGGUGCAUAGCUACUACUUAACUUGAGAAAAAAUAAAGCCAGGAAAACCACACUGUUAUUUAAUAUUACAGAUGUUUUUAUGUUUGAUUCUUUUUAAAUGUUUUUGUGAAAAAAAUAUUUAUUUUCCAAAAAUUCUAAAUUGUCUGUCUUAUGAAAAUGCUUACUAUGGAAAUCCAUUGAAACAAUUGAGAAAAGCUAAUACAUCAAACACAGUUGUACACAAAAGUACUGUAUUCGGACCAGUGAGGUAGCUUCAGGUGUUCCUUAAAGUAAUGCAGGAAACCCAGGUUCAUUUUGGGUUGGUUUGCCACUAGGAAGGCUAUGCUACAGAGUUAACCUUGUCAAAUCAGUUGGGUCAAGCAUACUGUUAAUGGGCUUGAACUUUCCUCCUUCGCUGGAAGGAUGGUUUUAGCAAGUUGGGUAACAUGCGUCUUACUGGCAUGCAGAAGUGUUCCAGGGGGAUAAGGGAAUGUUAGUCUCCUAACAUGCACGUCUGGUAUAAAUCAUGAAGUAUUAGUUUGUAGUAAAUCAGAUAAUUAAUAUUAAUGUAUUGGUUUCAUAAAGCUAACGUGCAAGCACAAAGACAUACUACAUGCUAGGUAUGCUGUGGUAGCAUGUAAAUAUCAUGGAUGUUUAUCUUCCUGAAAUAUUGUUGUUUAAUAGUUACCAUUUAUUUAUGCAAAGUUGAAACUGCUUUGUUUCUGUGUUCAGCUAGUGACUUAUUAUUUAAAGUAACACUGAGCUGGCAAUAAGUGGCUGGUUCAGUGUUCAUUUUGGUGAAUAUAACUGACAUUCUGUCUUGCAGAAAUAACAUUUUGUACUAUUACUAAAUUGUGUACAUUUUGGUACAGAAUCCUUUUUCAGUUUCAGUAAAACAAUGGAAAAGCA